AUGACUAAAGACACUCCUCUCGAAACUAGCAACAAACAUGAAGCAUACUUCAUACCAGCAAAUGUAAAUAAAUCAUUUACAACCACAGAGUUCCAGCAUAACUUUAAUCAAAAUGAAUCAGUUUCAUUUGCCAAUGAAACUCUCACAGCCAACUAUUUAACAGGGAAAAAAAUAUUGAACCAAUCAAUAAUACCGUCAGAUUCUAAUUUCAAGGCUUAUGUAACGCAGCAAGCUCAAGACAAUCAAGAAACAACUAAUAUCAAACUCACCAGCAUCACACCAAUCAAAACCAUCACGAAAUUAUACCUUAGUGAAAGAGAGGGAAAUGAAUACGUCCUUAUUGACGAAGUAAAGAAAUUCAAAGAAUUUCUUGAUCUCAAUAGCAUUAUACAUGGAUAA